AUGAAAAAGCUCGGUGCCCUGGAAAGUUUGUCCCGCUGCAAGAACGACCCAUCCAUUGGUUACCUUUACGUGCACAAGAACAAGUACUGGUCCACUGACAAGCAGGCCGUAGACUUGGCAGCUUUCACCAGCAUCGAGGAUGACAAGCACGAGGGGGAAGAGAAGGCAAGGAAGGCAGCAUUGGAGAAGGCGGAGGAAGCAGCAGCCAAAGGGGACAACAAGGCAGCUGAGGUUGCCCUUGAGAAGACGAAAGCUGUCGUGCCGAAGCGUUUGACAUUGAAGCUGGGAUCAACCAAUGCAAAGAGCAACAACGCAUCGGCGGAAGCUGAGUUUGACGCUACUUUUGCAGCACCACAAUGGGUAGACAAGGACAUGGAGAAGUCAAAUCGAUAA